AUGAUGAGACGCACCGUGACCGAACAGGACCGCCUCAUCGGCUCGUACGUGCAUCUGGGCUCGUUCCCACGGGCAGCCGAGGCGCUGCACACGCUCAAGAAGAUAGCGUCCAUGGUGAAGCCGAUCAUGCGAGCGCGCUCGUGGCAGGUCAAGGAGCUGGCAGAGUUUUAUCCCGACGACCCGCGUCUCCUCGGCCUCAACGUUGACCGGGGAAGAAAGAUUCUGGUACGACUACGAUACGCUGGUGACAAGGCACAAUUCAUGCCUCUUGACCAAGUGUUGGACACAAUGCUCCACGAACUAUGCCACAUCGUCCACGGCCCGCACGACAGCAAAUUCCACGCUCUGUGGGACCAGCUGCGGGAUGAGUGGCAGGGUCUGGCGCUCAAGGGCUUCACGGGUGAGGGUUUCCUAUCCGAGGGGAGGAGACUCGGAGGCUCUGGCUCUGGCAUGCGCCAGUCGCCUCCAGCACAGGAAGCACGUCGACUGGCGCGGGCGGCCGCGACACAGAGAGCAGCAGCAGCAGCAGCAGCAGCAGCAGCGAGCCAGCAGGCAGGCAGCGGGUCCGGACGACGUCUAGGCGGGGGUUCAGCGGCACGACCACGACCGGGCGACGACAUGCGACGCGUUAUCGCCGAUGCUGCCCAGAGGCGGAACAAGACGCUCCAAGGCUGCGCCACGGAUAACUUGACGGACGGGCAGAUUCGCUCCGUGACCGACAGCGCCAGCGCCAACGGGUUCCGCACCAAGGCUGAGGAGGAUGAGGCUAACGAGGCUGCUAUAUCCCAGGCGUUGUGGGAACUGAUGCAGGAGGAGCAACGACUGGAGCAGCAGCAGCAGCGGUGGUGGCAGGGCAGUGGCGACGACAAUAGUGGGGGACAAGGCACGACGGCGGAGACUUUUUGGGAAUGCGACAGGUGUACGCUCCAUAAUGAAAGCGGACAUUUGGCAUGCCAAGUCUGCGGGGCGACGAGGCCUCUUACCCUUCACAGGCCGGCGGCCCAGCAGCCCGAGGCAAGCCAAGCCACCGCUGCUUCUUCCGCUGCAAACCCUUGGACUUCGGCUACUGCGACACGG